CAGGCUACGGUCUUUUCCCCCCUCUCUAGCGCUGCCGGCCCUGCCGCUCUGUGUUGAGCCGCAGACGCGGGUCUGUGUUCCGCAGAAUGGGGUUUGUUAAGGUUGUCAAGAAUAAGGCCUACUUUAAGAGAUACCAAGUGAAAUUUAGAAGAAGACGAGAGGGUAAAACCGAUUACUAUGCUAGGAAACGCUUGGUGAUCCAGGAUAAAAAUAAGUACAACACACCCAAAUACAGGAUGAUAGUUCGUGUGACUAACAGAGAUAUCAUUUGUCAGAUUGCUUAUGCCCGUAUAGAAGGGGAUAUGAUAGUCUGUGCAGCUUAUGCACAUGAACUACCAAAAUAUGGUGUGAAAGUUGGCCUGACAAAUUAUGCUGCAGCGUAUUGUACUGGUCUGCUGCUGGCCCGCAGGCUUCUCAAUAGGUUUGGCAUGGACAAGAUCUAUGAAGGCCAAGUGGAGGUGACUGGAGAUGAAUACAAUGUGGAAAGCAUUGAUGGUCAACCUGGUGCCUUCACCUGCUAUUUGGAUGCAGGCCUUGCCAGAACUACCACUGGCAAUAAAGUUUUUGGGGCCCUAAAGGGUGCAGUGGAUGGAGGCUUGUCUAUCCCUCACAGUACCAAACGAUUCCCUGGUUAUGAUUCUGAGAGCAAGGAAUUUAAUGCAGAAGUACAUCGGAAACACAUCAUGGGUCAGAAUGUUGCAGAUUAUAUGCGUUACUUAAUGGAAGAAGAUGAAGAUGCUUAUAAGAAACAAUUCUCUCAAUACAUAAAGAACAACGUGACUCCAGACAUGAUGGAGGAGAUGUAUAAGAAAGCUCAUGCUGCUAUACGAGAGAAUCCAGUCUAUGAGAAGAAGCCCAAAAGAGAAGUUAAAAAGAAGAGAUGGAACCGUCCCAAAAUGUCCCUUGCCCAGAAGAAAGAUCGGGUAGCUCAAAAGAAGGCAAGCUUCCUCAGAGCUCAGGAGCGGGCUGCUGAGAACUAAAACAAUUUUCUAUGAGAGUUUUUCAAAUAAAAACAAUAAACUUAUUGAAUAAGCAAUUA